AAUGGUCUCACGUUUUGCAACGACAUUAAUUUUGACUUGUUUGCUGUUUCCCAAAAGUGAAUAUGCGAAACCAACAGACACAAUCGAAGAGAUGAGCUCGACUGUUGGAAACAUGCUGCUUAAUAAAAGAGAUCUUGAGCCAGAAAAAGCCACCAAUAGUGAACCUGCGUCUGCAACAUCUACAAAUGGUAAAACUGAAUCGGCAAUACCCACAAAGAGUGAACCUGUUCCAGCAAUACCCACUGGUAAUGAACCAAUGCCAGCAAUAUCUACUAAAAGUGCAACUAUAUCAGCGAUACCCACUCACAGUGAACCUGCGCCAGCAAUAUCUGCUAAUAGUGACACUGAAGCUGCAAUACCCACUAAUAGAGAACCUUUGCCUGCAAUAUCAACUAAAAGUGAAACUAAACCAGCAUUACCCACUAAAAGUGAGCCCACACCAGAAAAGACCACUAAUAGUGAACCUACGCCAGUAAUAUCUAUUAAAACUAAAACUAAACUAGCAAUAUCCACUCAUAGUAAACCCGCACCAGAAAAGGCCACUAAUAUUGAAUCAGCAAUACCCUCUAAUAGUGAAACUGUAUCAGUAAUACCCACUAAUAGUGAACCUCCGCCAGUAAUAUCUAUUAAAACUAAAACUAAACUAGCAAUAUCCACUCAUAGUAAACCCGCACCAGAAAAGGCCGCUAAUAGUGAAUCAGCAAUACCCUCUAAUAGUGAACCUGUAUCAGUAAUACCCACUCAUAGUGCACCUGAGCCAGCAAUAUCAACUACUGAAGCAGCAAUACCCACUCAUAGUGAACCUCCGCCAGAAGUAUCAACUAAAAGUGAAACUGAACCAGCAAUAUCCACCCAUAGUAAACCCGCACCAGAAAAGGCAACUAAUAGUGAAUCAGCAAUACCCUCUAAUAGUGAACCUGUAUCAGUAAUACCCACUCAUAGUGCACCUGCGCCAGCAAUAUCAACUACUCAAGCAGCAAUACCAACUAAUAGAGAACCUCCGCCAGAAAUAUCAACUAAAAGUGAAACUGAACCAGCAAUAUCCACUCAUAGUAAACCCGCACCAGAAAAGGUCACUAAUAGUGAAUCAGCAAUACCCUCUAAUAGUAAAUCUGUAUCAGUAAUACCAACUAAUAGUGCACCUGCACCAGCAAUAUCAACUACUGAAGCAGCAAUACCCACUAAUAGUGAACCUCCACCAAAAGUACCAACUAAAAGUGAAACUGAACCAGCAAUAUCCACUCAUAGUAAACCCGCACCAGAAAAGGCCACUAAUAGUGAGUCAGCAAUACCCUCUAAUAGUAAACCUGUAUCAGUAAUACCCACUAAUAGUGCACCUGCACCAGCAAUAUCAACUACUGAAGCAGCAAUUCCCACUAAUAGUGAACCUCCGCCAGAAGUAUCAACUAAAAGUGAAACUGAACCAGCAAUAUCCACUCAUAGUAAACCCGCACCAGGAAAGGCCACUAAUAGUGAAUCAGCAGUACUCUCUAAUAGUGAACCUGCAUCAGUAAUACCCACUAAUAGUGAGCCUGCGCCAGCAAAAUCUACUAAAACAGAAACUAAACAAGCAUUAUCCACACAUAGUCAAUCAUCUCCAGUAAUACCUACUCAUAGUGAACCUUCGCCAGCAAUAUCUACUAACAUUGUAAAUGAACCAGCGCUACCCACUAAGAGUGGACCUGCACCUGCAAUACCCACUAAGAGUGGACCUGCACCAACAACUUCUACUAAUGGUGAGCCCUCGCCAGGAAUAUCCACUAAUAGUGAACCAGUGACUUCGACUAGUAGUGAACCUGUCGCUGCAAUAUCCACCAAUAAAGAAACCGCACCAACAAUAUCCACCAAUAUUGAACAUGUGCCAGCAAUAUCCACAACUUCUGUCACAGUACCCCAUAAAAGUGAACCAGUGCCAAAGCAAGACGAUAAUACUGUAUCCGCGCCACCAAUAUCCACUACGAGCGAACCAGCGCCAGCAACAAGCCUGAAGCAUCACUACAAACCCGAAUCGUGUAAUGAUACGCCGAAAACUUCUUCCGGUAUUUUCUGGAUUCACCCGAAGAAACCAGUCACAGAACCGUUCUUUGUGAAAUGCGAUCACGAUUAUGAAUCCGGAGGAUGGACUGUGAUUCACAAUCGGUUCGAUGGUUCGGUGGACUUCAAUAGACCUUGGGUUGAGUUCAAAAAUGGUUUUGGACAGCUGAGCAAAGAGUUUUGGUUGGGCCUGGAAAGGAUUCACCAGCUAACUGCGGGAACACCACACGAGUUGCACGUUUUGUUGGAGGAAUAUAAUGGAAAACGAACGGUUGCUAAAUACAGUGAAUUUUCGAUAGCGAGUGAGGCCGAAAACUACAGGAUCAUUAAAUUGGGAAUGUACAGCGGCACAGCUGGCGACUCUUUGAACUAUCAUAGGAAUAUAUCGUUUUCUACUUACGACCGUAAUAAUGAUCGCUCUAAAAACGCACAUUGUGCGCUAUUUUAUAGAUCGGCUUGGUGGCAUCGCAAUUGUUUUUCUAGCAAUUUGAACGGAGUAUAUAAACAUGGUCCAGUUAACUCUGAAAGUAGUAUGACUUGGUUUAAAUUACAUCGGAAAAACAUUGCAUUGAAAGCGUCUAGAAUGUUAAUUAGAAGCCUGCCGAAAAAAUCAUGAACAUUACUUGAAUUUUGAGCUUUGAAUUUCCGAUAAAUAGAUAAUUAAGGAUUGUGAACAAGUGCGUAUAACAUUUCUCAUACAACGAUUUGUUUACAUUGUUUAAAAGGGACUUAGCGCAAAUAUUUCAGGUAUCUAACGUUAUACUGUGAAUGUUUCAGUUCUAGUUCCACAUUUGUUGUAUCAGUUCUAGUUCAACAUUGUAACCUAUAUAAAAUAUAAUGAACAUGCACUAAGCUCAUUGUUUUAGUUUCAAUCUAAAACCGAUUU